AUGUCUUCUUCCAGCUCUUCUGUUUCUGAUCAGUUACGGCAUCCUUUUGUUUUCGAUGAACUCACUAAACGAUUUUGUAAGAAAGAGCUGCUUGCUAGAGUCAUCCACUUAUGGGAGGCAAGGAAUACUAAAAAAGAAGGUCUGCUUAUGGGAUAUGAACUGCUUCUAAUCGAUCAAAAGUACGAGCUAGCCAUGCUCCACCAAGGCCAAGGGAGCCACACACACUUCGAUGAAGAAGAGGAAGAAGAGGAACCGCAAGCUCGAUCGAGCGACGUGAACCCGGUCGAGUGGAGCGCCCCUGACGGCCGUCUGCCCUCUCCUGACCACGACCUUGCCUCCCAGUUCUUUGGGGGGCACUGA